CCCAGCCCCCCAUCGCACCGUCCUGCGGACUUGGACAUCCCGCCGUCCUCCGCCACCAGAAUGUCUCUAUGCACAUGCUCCCCCGAGAGCAUCGACGGCCACCGCUACAUCCAAUGGAUCGGCACGUACUUUGGCGACUGCGUCCGGUCUGACUAUGAAAUCGCCGCCUUUGUGCUGGGCAUGAUCAGCAUCCUCGCCUUCGUCGUGGCCAUGUUGCCGCAGAUGAUCAAGAACUACCAGCGUCGCUCGGUCGAAGGGUUCAGCUUUGGGCUGGUGGCCUUCUGGUCAGCCGGCGACCUCAGCAACUUUCUGGGUGCCGUCCUUACCAAUCAGCUGUCGACGCAAAAGUUCCUCGCCGGCUACUUUGUCCUGUCGGACAUUGUGAUGAUUCUGCAGUGGUUCUACUUUUCGUCCCGCACCCAGCACGAGGGCGAUGAAGUAACUUCACUUCUGGAGGACCAGAGCAGCUCCUCGAGCUACGGCGCUGCAUCGCAAGCCACCGGGACCAGCGAGUCGAGUCAGCCAGAGGAGACUCGUGAAGAGGGAGUCGUCCGGUGGCAGACACUUUGGAGCAACCGGUUUCUCACCUAUGGACUCAGCUCCAUCGUAGCCAUCAUCGUCAGCUUCCUGUAUCUGGGCUACAGCUUCUCGGGCCUGAGCCUGCUCGGCACGAGCAUCAGCUCCGCGGCUUUGGACGACCCUCUGCCACUCUGCGAUGCACCACUUCCCAUGACAUCGACGACACUGAUUAUCGGCUCGGUUUCGGCCUGGAUCUCCGGGACGCUGUACUUUGUCAGCAGAAUCCCGCAAAUCAUCGAAAACCACCGGAUCCAGUCAGUCGAAGGCCUCAGCUUGGCGCUCUUCAGCUUCACGGUUGUCGGCAACCUCACCUAUGCGUUCAGCAUCAUUCUUCGAUUCCCAGUCGUCGACUACCUUUUCUGGUGCAGCAAGUUCCCGUACCUUGUGGGAUCGCUGGGCACCCUGAUCUUUGAUUUUGUGAUCUUUGUACAGGCCUACCAAUACGGCGCCCUCAAAUGGAGCUGGAAGAUGUGAGAGAGACGCACAAGAUCCACUCCUGCAUCCACCGCUUCCCCCGACGACGACAAUAGGACCAUUCAAGCCCUUCGCCGAGUUGUAAAGAGCACCAAUUGCCGCAUCAGCUGUCGAUGCCCCUGUCUCGCUGUCUUGAGUGAAGUAUGCAUGCCCUCCACCUCACAUUGUUUCAUGAAUCGGUCUGUCCCUGGACCAUACCAGUUCUGUUCAUUUGUCUCCAACUCCGAUUCCGAUCCCGAUUUCACUCCGUUUUCAGUUUCAAAAACCAACUCCAAAACAAGUAGAAUAAAGCGACAGCCUCAUUCAUUGUUCCACUG